AUGUCUGUCUCCUCUUGCUGCCUCCAGGGCUUUGAAUGGGAGGGUAUCCCCAUGGGUCAGAACGGGAAGCUGGCCAACAACGACUCGUACAUUGAUGGGGAUAACCACAACAAUGCCAUCAUGAUUGUCCACGACAUCUUGGGCUGGGUGUUUCCAAACAUACGAUUACUGGCAGAUUACUAUGCGCGUGAAGCCAAUGCCACUGUCUAUGUACCUGACUUCUACGGUGGUGAAUCGCCUCUAUCUGGCCCUAUUUUGAGUGGCAAGUGGCGCGAGAUAGAUGUCGACGGCUUCAUGAGGAAGAGCACCCGGCAGAUUCGGGAACCUGAAAUUUUGGAUUGUGCUAGGGCACUGCGAGUAAAGCAUAAGAAGGUAGCUGCCGUCGGAUUCUGCUACGGAGGUUGGGCAGUAUUCCGUCUUGGUGCGAAACAACACGCCGAUUUUCCCCUAGUGGAUUGCAUCGUGGCCGGCCACCCAAUGUUUUUGACUAAGGAGGACAUCGACAAUGAUACGGUUCCUGUGCAAUUAUUGGCCCCCUAA